CAACCUUCUUAGAUCUGUACACUCGCUGAGAUCAGUCGAAAUCUGAGUUGCCGGACGGAAAGCCAUCUGUGGUGUCGGUAAUUCUUGGAUUGAAUGCCAUUGAGAGUCGAGAACAGAAAUUGCCCAAAUUAUCUUCUACAACGCUAAAAUGGACGCUUCAGAGAAUCAAGCGCAAGCGCAACAACAAACCCCACAAAAACCGACAUACCAGAAUGGAGUCCGAACGAACGGCCGCGCUUUCAACUCCCCCAACUGGCGAGUGAAGCGUGAGGAAAGCCCCUCGGGCUCUCGUUCGCCUAGUCAAGACACCCAGAACGGAUCACCUAGAAGAACGCCCGGAUUUGGCCGUCAGAACCGUGAAGUGCCACAAGCGAUUUCCGAGGGACGAAGACUGUAUGUCGGAAACAUGCCGUACACGGCAAAAAUGGAAGAUGUGCAGGAAUUGUUCACGAGGGGUGGGUUUGAAGUCGUCCGCAUCGACAUUUCAAUUGACCCCUUCUCCGGCCGCAACCCAUCCUACUGCUUCGUGGACCUGUCGACGAAAGAGCUCGCUGAGCGCGCAAUGGCUGAACUCGACGGAGGCGAUCUUCUCGGGCGACCGGUCAGAAUCAAGCCUGGUGUUGUGAAGAGCGCGAGUGAGCGCCAGCCGCAGCAACGAACUGGAAUGGGGUCGCCGCGCGCGAAUAGGGCAGGGUCAUCGCCGUUAAAUGCAGACCGGUGGCGAAGGGACGACAACUUGACGUCCGCUUCUACUACACCCACAAACAAACGCCUCUAUGUCGGAGGCCUCCCCAGACUAACGGACCCAGAUGCCAUAUCCAGCAACAUCACGCAAUUUUUCAAGGGUUAUAACCUGACGAACAUUUCCAAACUAUUCACCCCACACCCGGCGAAGCGUUUCGAACCAGGUGACCACUACUACCUCUUCGUGGACUUUGAGACAGUCGAAGAGACGCAGAAUGCCAUGGCCGCCCUGAAUGGCGCUGAGGGGCCAUGGGGCGCUGCCAUCCGCGUCCAGAGGGCGAGGGGUGAGACGUGGAAAAACACUGACUCGAACAAUACCUCAGAGGAGAGGAGACCCGCUGCUGGACGAUGGGGUCCUACCACGCGGCGACAGGAUGUGGCGUCUACCCCUGCUCCGGCGAGUGGUGAAGCCGCCGUUCAAGCGUGAUCUUCGUAUCCGCUGCGCUUAGGACCGGAUGUGGUCUAAUUAACGCUGUCCCGCAAUCAAAGCUGUGGUUAUUUAGGGAUCGUUGGCGUUGAUGGACGAAAAUUAUGGAAAUGAGAUAUGGGCAUCACGUCACAUGACAUUAUAUUUCAUGGCACAUAGCAUUGAAUCUUUGGAUAGCUUGAUACCUGAGUAGUUACCUAGCACUGUCUGGUUGGGAUUAAAUCGCAUAAAUGCAGGGUC